UGUCUUUGUUAGCCCCACCAUCAAAAUGGAAUCCAGCAAUCUGCUGGAGGAGACAAUGACAUGCUGUGAUGGACUUUGUUUGACACGUGACCUUCUUACUCUCUACAAGGAAGAAUUUGAUCUUCGUGUUUAAAAGUGAAGAACUGACUCCGAAGCCGCCCAUCUUCACGGCGGCGAUUGUAGAGGAACCGAAGAAAAGCUGUUUUUUGUGAAAUUUGGGUUUGUUUUUUUUCUUGUUGAAAUGAAGCCGUCGGCGAAGCCGAUAUCGAGUCCAGGCCGGACGGAGAAAUUUCCGCCGCCAUUGAUGAGGUUUUUGAGGAGCAAUGUGGGGAGCAAAAGCAGAGGAAGGUCUCGUGCUAGUCCGAUGAUGUUCAUGAGAAGGAAGAAUAACGCCACCGCCAUUGAAACCCAAGAGCCUUCAUCCCCUAAAGUCACUUGUAUUGGCCAAGUCCGAGUUCGUCGCUCCUCCACGCGCCGCCGAAAGCGUUCUGGUACUCGUACUCGCCGUCGUUGCCGUUGGAUCCGAGCUGCUCGGUGUUGCCCCUGUUUUCGAAAGAAAUUCAAACCCAAUUCUUCUCCAAUUUUUCAGAGAUUGGUCUCGUUUUUUCAAUGUGGGUUCCGCCGGAAACCCAAAGUUAGAACAAAUUCGCCGCCGCGUGAACCCCCCUUUCGUGGCGGAGUUGAAAUAUCAAACAAGGAAAUCCAAGUUGUCGCCGCUGUUGACGACGACGAUGAAGAAGAAGAAGAAGAAGAAACCGCCGAAGCGUUGAUUUCUUCAAAUUCUUCCCCCCCGAAAAACGCAUUGUUGUUAACGAGAUGCAGAUCUGCUCCAUAUCGAUCGACAUCGUUAGCGAGUAGAUUUUGGGGGUCUCCUUUGAAAAACGAGGAAAAUCAGGAAGAAACAGAAGAAGAAGAAAAAGAAAAAGAACAGAGCACAAAGCCCAACAAUGGCGGAAAAACAGUCGAGAUUGAGAAACCCACAUCCCAAAGAGCUUCAGUUUCGGAUCAAGAUCCAAGUGGAGGCUUAGAAUUCGAGGAGAACGAGGAAUUUGCGAAGAACAUUGACGAACAUUCCGUUCCAGAAAGAAUCGUGAAAUCAGCUAAUAUUAAACAAGAAAAAACAGGGGAAGAAGAAGAAGAAGUCCUCGGAAGCUCAUCUCGGCCGUUGAUUUUGACACGUUGCAAAUCGGAACCGUCGAGAACGGCGGAGAAGAUGAAUCCAGAAGUAGGAUUAUUCUGGAAAAAGAGAAGGUUGGGGAUUCCUGAUUCUUGCUUACCAAACAAUUCAUAACAAAUAUAUUUAUUAGCAAAAAUACCACUUUUAAUUCUUAAUUCCUUCUUCUUCUUCUUCUUCUUCUUCUUCUUAUUCUUACUUCAAUAUUCAUAAAUUUUCUUUUUCUUUUUUCAUUUUAAGUUCUGUAUAAAUUUCUCUAUCUCUGAAGCUAUGGUAGAGAAUCUCCAUAGCAAAGAAGAAAAAAGAAGUUGUGAUGAAGAAAUUGUGAAAAUUUGUUAAUCUUAUUUGCCCAUGAAAAUCUAGAGCUUCCAUAUUUAA